GCCAUAUUGAAUCGGCUAUAUUUCCGGCUUCAUAAGUCUUUUUCGCCUUUCAACCAUUCUUUUUGUAUUUGCUGCGUAAACAUGCCAGGUUUAAACAAUAAGGCAGUAAUCAUUGACGGUCGUGGCCACUUGGUCGGACGUCUUGCUUCAGUAGUUGCCAAAAACCUUUUGCAAGGUGGCAAAGUCGUCGUUGUACGAUGCGAAGAAUUGACUCUUUCCGGUCACUUCUAUAGAAAUAAAAUCAAGUAUUUGAACUACUUGCGCAAGCGAUGCAACGUUAACCCAGCUCGCGGACCAUUCCACUUCAGAGCUCCAUGCCGUAUCUUCUUCAAGGCUGUCCGAGGAAUGAUCCCACACAAGACUCUCCGCGGUCAAGCCGCAUUGAAGCGUUUGCGUGUGUUUGACGGUAUUCCACCAGCAUACGAGAAGAAACGUCGUGUCUGUGUUCCAACUGCCCUUAGAGUGUUGUGCUUGCGAUCAGAUCGCAAAUACUGCAAAAUUGGCCGUUUGUCACAUGAAGUCGGUUGGCAAUACCAAGAUGUUGUCAAGAACUUGGAACGUAAACGUAAGGCUAAGUUGGCACUUCAUCUUAAACAAAUGAAAGUCAACAAUAAAUUGACGAAACUAGCACGCAAAAACAUCGAAAAAGUUGCUGCUCCACACACCGCCGUCAUCCGAUCAUUGGGCUAUCAAUAAACCAGUUUAACAGCACUUAAUCUUAACAUCAACAUUAAGUUUGGCAGUUUUUAUUAAAAACAACAACAACAACAUAAAACAAUUCCCAGAUACGAAUUGAUUACAUUGAAAUAAUGUAACUGUUAAUUCUGUUUUGAAAGAAUAAAACCAAUUGUGAAGAAGACUAUACG